AUGAAAGAGUUCGGCAACUCGGCAGUGCACCUCGAUUCCUCACUUUCUUCAUCUUUAAAAACCGCGGCGAGCGGCAACACGCCUUGUAGCAGGACCCCCAAACGGCACACUCAGCACGAUUCCGGCUUGGACACACAGGACAAUGCUGUUUCAGGAGGCGGAGGUGAUGGAAGAGCUGCCUCCAUCCAGUCUCACGUCGGUUUGUGGACUCAAUCACCGAAUCGGGCGUCAAGAGUGGUGAUUUCGAAUGGAGACACCAUCUCUCGCCCCGAUCAUCACUCCGACAAUGAGAUUUUGCAAGAUGUGGAGCCGCCCAGCUCGAGUACCGUCCAAAAUCCCAAUGCGUUGAACGAGGUUCUGGAAGGAAGUACUCAAACAGAUGUGGUUCGAUUUUACGUCGGUGAGCCACAUGAGCUGGAGUCAAUUCUAAAUUUGUGUUUCCCUCAGCGUCCGCCUGCGGUCCAUUACCACGUGCCACGCCCAGAGACCAGGUCACUGUCGGCCGACGAUGCAGCGUAUCUGCAGACCAAAGGUGUCUACGAUUUGCCCGAACAAGGCCUCGUCCGUGUCUUUAUCCAGUCAUUCUUCCAGCACGCCUUCAUAUACAUACCGGUCAUCGAUGCUGGGAGCUUCCUGAUGACAUACUCCUAUCACGGCGUAUCCGCAAUCAGCCCGCUGCUCCUGUGGAGUAUGUUUCUUGCCGCAGCCCAUUACGCCCCGAUGGAGACCAUACGAGCGGCGGGUUACGGCUCGAGAGAAGCGAUGAAAGAGACGACUUACUGGAAGGCUAAGCACCUCUAUGACAUGGACACCGAGACGGAUAAAAUCACCGUGAUCCAAGCUGUUUUGUUACUCACAUUCCGGUACGGGGACACCCAAGAUCGAUGCGGGCCGUCGCACUGGCUCGCCGUCGCGAUCAACCUGUGCUACUCCGUCGGUCUUCAUCGCGACCCGGGACCGCUGCUGCAACAUCGAUUCACCGAGGCGCAGAUGUGCCUGUGGAAACGCAUCUGGUGGUUCUGCAUGCAGAGGGAACCUCGGAAUUCCUUCUCGUACGGCCGACCGAUGCACAUUCGCCUCGAAGACUGCAAUGUCCCUGCUCCGUCGGCGGAAGACUUGUGGCUCACCGUAGCGGGCUUGCCCCCUUCGGUGCGGGAGGAGUAUCUCCCAGGUGACCUCGCCGCACUGGGUGAACUCUACGAGAGGCAGUUGAAGCAGGACACCAUCAUGGCAACAUUGCUGUGCAGCCACUAUGGCCUGGGCGAGCCUCGGGCGGCGGAGAUCGAAGCACACGAACGAGACAUCCUCGCGUGUCAGGAAGGAGUCGCGGACCACUCCAAACACGGGGAUCUGGCGGUCAGAGCCUUUGCGGAUUACGUUUCCAUCAAUCAUAGUGCCCUCAGCCUCCUCUUAUAUCGACCGUAUCUUCCGAGACGGAAUGGAGUCGCCGCAUCUGCCUGGCAAAACCAGUUGGUCGAGAAAGCCCGCACCGCUGCCGACGCCAUGACCACCGUCGUCACCAGAAUCAUGACGGCAGACCAAGUCCAUCUUUGCGACGUUACCAUUGUGACCGCCAUCAAACCGGCGACGUUCCUCUAUCUCUAUCUCUCCGUUAUGACGACAGGACUAGCCAGGAAGACCGCGUGCCAUCAACUAAAGCUGUACUUUCUGAUGCUGAGUGAAAUGCGCGAUCGGUCAGUGUCGGCCGGUCUGUUCCUGAAUCUCCUCCGCAAAGCCUUCAAACUCCAGUCCGAAGGCGACCGGUCAUCUCACCCUCCACUCAAUCCUCAGAGCACCCAAAACGCCGUCUUGGAGAUCCCGGGCUUUCAGGGGAAUGAUUCGGUGGGUGCUCUCGAAGGUACAUUUCUUUCCUCACAAUCAUUGUUUGGGCUGGCCAGUAGCGAGUCUCUCAGCUGGGACAUUGGCUUGGAUUCUAUCUUUGACUUGGCGGCAUUCUCACCGCUCCCGUGAUGGAAGACGAUGCAAUCCGCUUUGCGAAGAUG